GUAGUACUGACAAUAGUAGCUACCUCCUCGUACUUGCUGCCUCACUUGUCGCUGGUUAACAUUCAAGUUUAGAAGGCCUAAGCCAGUACAAGUACCAUCAAGCACAAGCACCAUUUUUUUCUUGUCUUCUUUCGUAAGAAUAAGAAAAAAAUAAAAAUAAAAAAGGAAACAAGCCAUCAAGUUCCCUUCUUUGCCUUUUUGAAAGCUUUAAAAAUCCCCCCAGGUCGCGCCCUCCCAAACCCCAAAUUAGUUCUGGAAACUCUAUUCUUUCUUCUUUCCCUAACUUUCACCCCUCUCCCACCCCUCAAGCUCACCGCCAUUAACUUUCGUUUUACCAUUGAUACCCUUAACCCUUAAAAAUCCACGGCCGCAACUAGAGACAAACAGACGUUACUGUAGGGUAGGCCAGACAAGAGCAACCGAACCGCAUUUCUUGCUUUGCGACCCCGAAACAGAAGCAACAUGUGUGGAAUUUUUGGCUACAUUAACUACCUGGUCGAGAAGGAUCGGAAGUUUAUUCUCGAUACCCUCGUCAACGGUCUUUCCCGUUUGGAGUAUCGUGGAUAUGAUUCAGCCGGCUUAGCUGUUGACGGUGACAAGAAGAAGGAAGUACUUGCUUUCAAGGAGGUUGGCAAGGUUGCCAAGCUCAAGCAGCUCAUCGAAGAGUCCAAACCAGAUCUCACCAAGGUUUUCGACUCACAUGCCGGUAUCGCCCAUACUCGAUGGGCUACUCAUGGCCCUCCAUCCCGGCUGAACUGCCAUCCCCACCGAUCUGACCCCACAUGGGAAUUCUCAGUCGUCCACAAUGGUAUCAUCACCAAUUACAAGGAGUUGAGGACUCUCCUUUCUGCAAAGGGCUUUAAGUUCGAGACCGAGACCGACACAGAGUGCAUUGCUAAGCUCGCAAAGUACCUGUACGAUCAACAUCCCCAUAUUGACUUUGUUGACUUGGCUAAGGCUGUCAUCACCGAGCUCGAGGGUGCCUAUGGUCUAUUGAUCAAGUCUGUACACUACCCCCACGAAGUCGUUGCUGCCCGCAAGGGUUCGCCCCUCGUCAUUGGUGUGAAGACCCAGAAGCGCAUGAAGGUCGACUUUGUCGAUGUAGAAUACUCCGAGGAGAAUGGUGCUUUGCCCGCUGAAGCUGCCUCGCAGAAUGUUGCCCUGAAGAAGCAGACUGGCAACCUUUUAGCCCCCAACUCCCUCUUGGGUGCCGCCGACAAGUCUCUCCUUCACCGUUCGCAAUCCCGAGCAUUCAUGACUGACGAUGGCCUGCCCAUGCCCGCCGAGUUCUUCCUUUCGUCUGACCCGUCUGCGAUCGUUGAGCACACCAAGAAGGUCAUGUACCUAGAGGAUGACGACAUUGCCCACAUUCACGAGGGCUCGCUUAACAUUCACCGCCUCAAGAAGGCUGAUGGUAGCUCCAAUGUACGAAGCAUCCAGACCUUGGAGCUCGAGCUCCAGGAGAUCAUGAAGGGCAAAUUCGACCAUUUCAUGCAGAAGGAGAUUUUCGAGCAACCCGAAUCAGUGGUGAACACCAUGAGAGGACGUCUCGACAUCGAACACAAGACUGUCACUCUUGGCGGUUUAAGGUCAUACAUUGCAACUAUUCGCAGAUGUCGCCGCAUCAUAUUCAUUGCUUGUGGAACAAGUUAUCACUCUUGCAUGGCUGUUCGAGGUAUCUUUGAAGAGCUUGCCGAAAUUCCCAUCGCUGUCGAGUUAGCUUCGGACUUCUUAGACAGAGAGGCACCCGUUUUCCGUGACGACACGUGUGUCUUCGUUUCACAAUCUGGUGAGACAGCUGACUCGUUGAUGGCCCUCCGAUACUGCUUGGAGCGUGGCGCCUUGACCGUUGGUAUUGUCAACGUUGUCGGCUCCUCCAUCUCACUCCUUACCCACUGCGGUGUUCACGUGAACGCUGGUCCCGAAAUUGGUGUUGCCUCUACUAAGGCUUACACCUCACAAUUCAUUGCCAUGGUCAUGUUUGCCUUGUCUCUUAGUGAGGAUCGAGCAUCCAAGGUCAAGAGACGCGAAGAGAUCAUCGAGGGUCUCUCCAAUAUCUCUAAGCAGAUCAAGGAGAUCUUGAAUCUUGACCAGUCCAUCAAGGAACUUUGCUCAAACACGUUCAAGAACCAAAAAUCCCUACUGGUAUUGGGACGUGGUAGCCAAUUCUCAACUGCGCUUGAGGGCGCUCUGAAGAUCAAGGAAAUCUCCUACCUUCAUUGCGAAGCUGUCAUGUCUGGCGAGCUGAAGCACGGUGUGUUGGCUUUGGUUGACGAGAACUUGCCCAUUAUCAUGAUCCUGACCCGUGAUGAUCUCUUCAAGAAAUCCCUAAAUGCUUAUCAGCAAGUUGCCGCCCGUGGUGGAAAGCCCAUCGUCAUUUGCAAUCCUGGCGACGAAGAGUUCCAAGCCAGCCAGGCACAAAAGAUUGAGGUCCCUAAGACUGUCGAUUGCUUGCAAGGUAUCUUGAACGUCAUCCCUCUGCAGCUUAUCGCCUACUGGCUAGCUGUAAUGGAGGGCCUGAACGUUGAUUUCCCCCGAAACUUGGCCAAGUCGGUCACUGUCGAAUGAGCUAUGCGUAUUUGUACGGUCUGAGACUUAUUCCUGGCGGGUUUGCGACAAGAUGAUGUCGGAGUUAAUUGCGAAAAAAUGAUAUCACGACAGAAUGUCGGACCUGGAUCACUUGAGAGCGUCAUGGCCUUGUGCGUGGCGGUGGAUUUAAGAGAUGAUAAGGAGGGUAGGAAAGAGUAAAACAGUUACUGUCUUUCCCUCAUCCCCUCAUGAUUUUAUAUCGUCCUCCCCCACGCUCGGGUUGGGGUGGGAUACCUUUUAUUGCGGAGGAAGUAGAUAAGGCGAUGUUACAUGUAUCUCGGCUAUGUCUAUCUAGACUCGAGACAGGUGAAUAAAGUAAAAUUGGUUGAUAAC